AACGCAAUUCGCAUCCAUUCCGCGCGCGGAGUGAUUCUACGGUGAACCUGUGCUCGCUUGUUAACGAGAUAUAUUUGCGCUUGCUUUCUUCUAUCAAUUUUUCUUCAUCAAUCCUCUGAAAAGAGAGUCGUAUAAAGAAUUCGCAAACUGGCACGUUGAAACAGUCGGAAUCUUCAUUCGGUGCUAUGUCGUGGCCGAAAGACACGAUUGCGAACAGCCAUCGGACGUCGGACAAUUUCGAAUUACCACCGACACCGCCGACGCCAUCGUCUCUUCAUGUGGACGGGCCGAAAGCGAGGUCAGCAACAGGUUGCGAGACACCGUGGUACCACAGGUGGUCCUGGAGCACCCCGUCGAAUCCUUGCAGCGGACUCGACGUUGCAACCGACGAGACCGCUCGUUUAAUCUCGCCGCCUUACAUCGUGAAUUUUCUCCAAAGCACCGACAGCAAUCAGAAUUAUCGCACGUGCAGAUGGGAGCAAUAUUCCCAGCAAGAUGCCGCAGAUUGUCAUCCGAUAAUCAUCGAGCAAUUAAAUGGGAAGGAAGAUGAGAAGCUUUUGAGUAAAUCUGAAGAUUUGUUUUACGAGAAUAAUCAAGAUCGCCGUGUGACGACUACGACAAACGCGGGGACGAUGUUUCACACUUGGGAGAUGCCCCAUCUGCAGAACAUGGACCACGAGUACGAGAGCAAGUAUCAUCAAUUUUGGCAGGAUUCGCAACAUAACGAGAAUCGUGCGAAUUCACUCUUCCGAGAAAAUACACGUCCGCAUCAACGAGAACGAGGCAUAUAUCUCUUCGACGGUAUCAAGAAUGCAUUGCUGAAAUUUCUCAUUUUUGUUCUACUGAUUGCAGAAACUACGAAGAAAACAAGCGAUAAGCCGCGAAAGGAGAGGACCGCGUUCACGAAGCAACAGGUCCGACAUCUCGAGUGCGAAUUCGCUCAUAGUAAUUACUUGACACGUUUGCGCCGCUACGAAAUUGCGGUAGCGUUGGAUUUGACAGAACGCCAGGUACAUUAUUUACAAUCAAGUAAAAAAUAUAGAAUUUUUAUAUCUUCUCAUCGUUAAGCUACAUUUUUUUACAGGUGAAAGU